UAUUUUUUGGCAACAUUGCGGUAUUUAAAAAGAGUCAAAUAGUAAAUCGCAACCUCACAUGGCGAAUUUUUGACGUCAAAAAUACGCGCGCGCUCAUCCGCCACAUGACAGCCGUAGAGGUGGUGGGGGAAUCAGUUUCUCUUUCUAAUACUUUCGAGCGUGGUGCCAAUCCUGGUGCCCUAAAUUUUUGUAACGAUUCCCAACGAAAAAAAACCAAACAACAAUUUGUCAUUCGAUUUGCGCGAUAGCCACAACUUCCAGGUCCGAAGUACCACCAAAAAGCCCGGUUGAUUAUGAAUUUUGAAGAUUAUGAAACACUUCCAACCAACAAUGUAGCAACGCAUAUGAUCGCCGGGGCCAUCGCCGGCGUUAUGGAGCAUUGCGUAAUGUACCCCCUCGAUUCCGUCAAAACCAGAAUGCAGAGUUUGGUGACAUCGGGUCGAGAAGGUAUAAGUGAAACAUUUCUUCGUAUGGUUAGGCAUGAAGGUUUAUUAAGGCCUGUUCGAGGUAUGUCUGCGAUGGUUGUGGGGGCUGGUCCCUCACAUGCCCUUUAUUUUAGUAGUUAUGAAUACCUGAAAAAUUCACUCAUUCAAUAUAGCAGGAGUGAUAAAUACAAUACGUUAAUAUAUGGUGCUUCAGGCUGCAUAGCAACCUUAAUGCACGACGGCAUCAUGAAUCCCGCUGAAGUGGUAAAACAACGAAUGCAAAUGAUCAACUCCCCGUACAAAUCCGUGAUGCAAUGCGUCCGACACAUCUACCACACAGAGGGCUCGCGCGCAUUCUACCGCAGCUAUACCACGCAGCUGACGAUGAACGUGCCCUUCCAGAGCAUCCACUUCAUGGUGUACGAGUUGGCGCAGAAGGCCACGAACAAAGAUGGCACCUACAACCCCGCGGCGCACAUGGCCAGUGGCGCCUUGGCGGGCGCGGUGGCGGCCGCGAUAACCACCCCCCUCGAUGUCUGCAAGACCCUGCUGAACACGCAACAGGCCGGGCGGGUUGGAGGUUUGGUGUCCGCUGUCAAGACUGUCUACAGGCUGGGCGGUCCCCCCGCCUACUUCAGAGGCCUACAGGCGCGCGUGAUGUACCAAAUGCCCGCCACCGCCAUCUGCUGGUCCACCUACGAGUUCUUCAAGUACAUCCUCGGCAGCCACAACCAGGAAGUCCGACAUCAUUUGGCUGACGAAAAGGAAAAACCCGAUCACGCCGUCGCGCCGCCCAGCAGCGGCAGCCAGAGCACCGCCUCCGAAAAAAUCAACCUCAUACCGCGCGAGCUGCCCGCCAUGAGCGGGGCCGGUCUGUACGGUUCAAUUUCAUUUAACACGAUGCACAACGCUGACACCACCACUUUUAAUUGCAGAAAGAAAGAUUCCAUCUUGGACAUUGUUCACACAUAGUUUUCUUUUCUUUCUUUCUUUAAAGAAUAAUGUAAGUAUUAUUUGACCCCCCC